GGAGGCUGCGAGGAGCCGGCGCGGUCGCAGUCUCCACGGCGCAGGCCCACGGUAGCGCAGCCGCUCUGAGAUCUUCAUGGAGGAGCACGGAGUGACCCAGACUGAACACAUGGCGACUAUAGAAGCGCACGCAGUGGCUCAGCAAGUUCAGCAGGUGCACGUGGCCACUUACACUGAGCACAGCAUGCUGAGUGCUGACGAGGACUCGCCUUCUUCCCCCGAGGACACCUCUUACGAUGACUCAGACAUACUCAACUCCACAGCUGCUGAUGAGGUCACGGCCCACCUGGCUGCGGCAGGGCCCGUGGGGAUGGCUGCGGCUGCUGCCGUGGCAACUGGAAAGAAGCGGAAACGACCUCACGUGUUCGAGUCCAACCCUUCCAUCCGGAAGAGACAGCAGACACGCUUGCUUCGGAAACUUCGAGCCACAUUAGAUGAAUAUACCACCCGAGUGGGCCAGCAAGCCAUCGUGCUGUGUAUCUCACCCUCCAAGCCCAACCCCGUUUUUAAAGUGUUCGGCGCAGCACCUUUGGAGAAUGUGGUGCGUAAGUACAAGAGCAUGAUCCUGGAAGACCUGGAGUCGGCUCUGGCAGAACACGCCCCUGCGCCACAGGAAGUUAAUUCAGAACUGCCGCCUCUCACCAUCGACGGAAUUCCAGUCUCUGUGGACAAAAUGACCCAGGCACAGCUGCGGGCAUUUAUUCCAGAGAUGCUCAAGUACUCUACGGGUCGGGGGAAACCAGGCUGGGGAAAAGAGAGCUGCAAGCCCAUCUGGUGGCCUGAAGAUAUCCCCUGGGCAAAUGUCCGCAGUGACGUCCGCACCGAAGAGCAGAAGCAACGGGUUUCCUGGACCCAGGCUCUGCGGACCAUCGUUAAGAACUGCUACAAGCAGCACGGGCGGGAGGACCUUCUGUAUGCUUUUGAAGAUCAGCAGACACAGACCCAGGCCACGACUACCCACAGCAUAGCCCAUCUCGUGCCAUCGCAGACUGUCGUGCAGACCUUCAGUAAUCCUGACGGGACAGUCUCCCUCAUUCAGGUUGGUACAGGAGCAACGGUAGCCACGUUGGCUGAUGCUUCAGAACUGCCAACCACAGUUACUGUGGCUCAGGUCAAUUACUCCGCUGUGGCCGACGGAGAGGUGGAACAGAACUGGGCCGCGUUACAGGGCGGUGAGAUGACCAUCCAGACGACACAAGCGUCAGAAGCUACCCAGGCGGUGGCGUCACUGGCGGAGGCAGCAGUAGCAGCGUCGCAGGAGAUGCAGCAGGGAGCCACGGUCACCAUGGCACUCAACAGCGAGGCUGCCGCCCAUGCUGUCGCCACCCUGGCUGAAGCCACCUUACAAGGCGGGGGACAGAUCGUCCUGUCCGGGGAGACCGCCGCAGCUGUUGGAGCACUUACUGGAGUCCAAGAUGCUAAUGGCCUGGUCCAGAUCCCAGUGAGCAUGUACCAGACUGUGGUGACCAGCCUCGCCCAGGGCAACGGACCCGUGCAGGUGGCCAUGGCCCCUGUGACCACCAGGAUAUCGGACAGCGCAGUCACCAUGGAUGGCCAGGCUGUGGAAGUAGUGACAUUGGAACAGUGACACGCAGCCAUAUCAUGGCGUUGUUUUCUAGUCUACUUCAAAAAAAUUUUUACAUGUUUGCAGCAGUGCAAUCAAAUGGAAUUAAGUCUCUCGACUUUGGAAGAAGAGUUUUGUUAACCUUUUUUUUAAAAAGGAAGAAGGCAGCGGAUUUUGGAAUUGCGUUUUUUUAAAGUACCACUCUUGAUUUUCUGGGAUCAGUGGAGUAAGAAACUGCAUUGUCAAUUUCACUGUUCCCCCAAAAAGCCAAAUUGUGGCAGGACUUCUUUCUGCAGAAAUGUGUGUAUACUUACGUGUGUGUAUGUAUGAGUGAAUAUAUGUAUAUGUGUACAUAUGGACAUACACAUUUACAUAUAUGUAUAGAGUAUAUAUGUACAUACGUGUAUAUGUAUAUGUAUGAGCCCGCAUGGAGUGCCCUGUAUGAAAUAAGGUGAGCUGUGGAAAUGAUCACUCGCCCAGUUUAGUGGGUGAUAGGGUACGCGGCCAGCACAGUCACCUGGUUUCUGUUCAUGCCGGGAUCGAACACUGAGCUACUGAGAAACUCAGGUGGAGUGACCAUGCCCUUCACCAAAGCUGCCUCCCAGUGGCGCCAGAACCCUCCCUGGGGCAUUCACCUGCGGAGGGGAUUCCAGAAAGGAGUAGGGUCCAGAAAAUGCACUCAAACAGGCCCGAGGCCCCCACGGGCUGCGGGCUAGAUGCUGGUUGGGCUGGCCCAGGUGCUGACCUGGCCACGAGCAGGUGAGUGUCCGGGGUUUCCCAGGCGGGCCAAGAGGAUCCUCCUCGCUCUCCCGUCUCCUCCCCUUGCUGGGAGUCCUCCUCGACCUCCUGACCAUUACGGAGUUGCUUUGGUUGUCGGGUCAGUCCUGAGCUGGUCAUGUGUGGGAACUGAAGGUGACAGAAGUAUUAAGGAUUUGAGGAGUGUGUGUGCAUUAGGUAUGCCUGCAGGCGUGUGGCGUGUGGCGUGUGUGUGUGUGUGUGUGUGUGUGUGUGUGUGUGUGUGUGUGUGUGUGGUGGGGAGAGAAGGAAGGGCUGGAGGCAAGUUUGUGGCUGGCCUCACCCACAGGAACAGUUCUGCGACCCUGGAGCUAGGCGCGGAGAAGCCUCUGGAACUGAAAGGGAUGCCGGCUCCUGGGCGUUCAGCCCUCGUGGUGGGGCGUGGGCCCAAGGGCGCCGCAGCAGUGUCUUGCCUUCCUGGAUCAAACCCGGUUGCUGGGGGACCUCGGGAGGCUGCCAGCCUGGGGUUCCCCCCCGAAGACCACCGUGUGUCCGUGCCCCAGCUGGCUGUCUGCCCCUAGAGCAGGCACGGCCUUUCCCCUCUUCCUGGGUCCCCACGCGUGUGUGACAGUGUAUUUAAUGUGUUGGGUUUUUUUUAAUGCGACAUUAAAAGAUCUUCAUGUCUUGCUCA